AUGAGUUCAAGACCAACAAGGGUUAUUUUUCAAAAUGGAAAAAUUCAAAAAUUUAAUGAACCAACAAUAGCAGCAGAGCUUAUGUUGGAAUCUCCUAACUCCUUUUUAGUAAACUCCAGCUCGUUAAUCGUCGGCAGAAGAUUUUCAGCUUUAUCGGCCGACGAAGAGCUGGAGUUUGGGAACAUUUAUAUAAUGUUCCCAAUGAAAAAAGUGAAUUCCGUUAUAACAACAAAAGAUAUUAUUUCCGUUGGAAAACCGGGAUCGGAAAACGAGGCAAAGGUGGGUAGAUCGCCGGAGAAGGACGGGGUCGGACCAUUAGGUUUUCCGGUGAGACAAGAAUUUAGGAAGCCUUUGUUGGAGACAAUUAUGGAAGAACAAGUAAUAAGUUCAAGGUAG